AAAAAAAUUAUUGAUAAACAGUUGAUUAUUGGUGAAUUUAAAUUGAAUUUUCUCGGAUUUUCCUUUAAUUUUUCUCGACAUUUACCUUUUUUCAAAAUUCCUUCGUUAAUUUCAACCUUUGCCAGUUUACUCGCUCACUCAUUGAAACCAUCUUGGCUGAUCUCAAACCACUUCUGCGCAUAAUUAGUCAUCAUCUGCGAUUGUUGAUAAAUUUUUACGUUUGUUUAUGCGAAUUUUCAGUUUUCUGUAAACUUGGCUGAAACUUUUACUUUUUAUCUAGAUUUCUAGUGUGUUUUUGCAUUUUUAAAAACAGAACUACACAAUGGGAUUGUUUGGUAAAUCGCAGCAGAAAGAUCCUAAAGAUAUGGUGAACGAAUGGUGCCACAAGAUUCGUAAAGAAGGAUACCAAUUGGAUCGUCAGAUAAGGAGUAUCGAGAGAGAAGAAGAAAAAGCAAAACGUUCAUUAAAAGAAGCUGCUAAGAAAAACGAUAAAGAAUCCUGCGUGGUGUUAGCUAAAGAAAUCGUAGGAUCUAGAAAAGCGAAAAAUAAAAUAAGAACGUCGAAAACCCAGCUGAGCUCUAUACAGAUGCAAAUGAAAAACCAGUUGUCUACUUUACGUGUGGCUGGCUCUUUACAAAAGAGUACAGAAGUAAUGCAGAUGAUGCAGAAUUUGGUGAAAGUUCCUGAAGUUGCGGCUACAAUGCGAGAUCUAUCGAAAGAAAUGAUGAAGGCCGGUAUUAUUGAUGAAAUGCUCGACGAAACACUCGAUUCAGUUACCGGUGAAGAUGUCGACGACAUGGAAGAGGAGAUUCAAACCGAAGUCAACAAAGUCAUCGAAGAAAUUGCCGCCGGAGCUUUAAUAAACGCCCCUGCUACCGUCACCGAAGUUCCUGGAGCCAGCGGAUCGAAAGCUAAACCCGAACAAGUCGAAGAUUUAAGCGAAGAAGAAGAUGAAGAAGCAAUAAAAGAAAUGCAAAAUCGUCUCCAAGCUUUACGCAGUUAAUUUGAUAUUAUUACGUCGCUGUGAAUUGUGCUUCGAAGGGAAUUAUGUACAGCAAUUUUAAUCGUCGUAUCGGUUUUUUUUUGUAAACGGUAAAUUUGUACCUUGCUUCGCUGAAUUUUAACGCCAGUACUAAUGCUUUUUUGUUGGGACUCGAUGCGAUGUAUUUAUUACUACAGGCACCUGGGUACAGUGUUUUGUAUCUCUGUUUCGUACGCACCCUGAAUACGUGUCCGAGGAUUUUUUUUUUUACUUUCAACUUAACAGUGUUAAUGUAUUUUAAAUUGUAAAUUAUUUUCGCAUUGUUUGUAGUGUAUUAUUAUGCAAAAUAUUUGUUAUUACUUUUUCCCCGCAUCGUGUUUCUUAUUUGUUACAAUAAAUAUUUAUUUUUUA